AUGCCGGACGUUCGAUGGCCCUUGUCCAGUAGCAGGGACUAUAACUCUCCUUCGGGUUUAUACGUCGACACUAUCAGAGAGAAUAAUCUUUUGCAGCUAGUAAGUGAACCUACUCGAUUCAGGAGCGGUCAGACCCCGUCCUUGCUGGACCUUAUUCUGGUAAAUGAUCCAAAUCUUGUUGCUUACCAUGAAGUUUUGCCACCUUUUGGAAGGUCAGACCAUGUCACUCUUUCUUGCAAGAUCCAACUCAACAUCACUGAGCCAAAGAAAGUAACUAAGCGUUUGAAAAUUAUUGAUUACGAACAACUUAACGCCAAUUUGGAGAAUGUUGACUGGGAGUCAAUUCUUCAUUCGAGCAUGGAUGUUGAAAUUAUGUGGUCUUCCUUCGUUGAUAGGCUUUCGGUUGAGUGUGAGUCCUGCACUUCCUAUCGCUCUCUGACUACAAUUCCAUCCAAACCGUGGAUCAACAAACGCAUGCUGAGGAUGCUGCGCAACAAGAAAUCCAUGUGGCAGCGCUAUUUGCGCAGCCGUAGGGAGGAAGAUUACGUGGCACAUAGAACCUAUUCCAAUGGAAUCAAAGUUUUGCUGGAAGGUGCAAAAUCAAGUUUUGAGUCUAACCUGGCGUCUUCGAGGGACCGCAAAAAGUUCUUCAGGUACAUCAGGUCCAAUCUCAACACUAAGGUGACCAUCCCGAUGGUUAGGAAUCGACAAGGCUGCGUGAGCAAAAGUGCUGCCGAGUCUGCAGAGUCUUUAUCUGAAACUUUUGCAGCUAGCUUCAUCAAGGAACAUGACAACCUUCCUAGGACAAAUUUUGCCGGCAGUCAAGGUCAGCUCUCUUCGGUCGAGUUUCCUCCCGAACUUGUUGAAAAGCAUUUGUCCUCGCUAGAUAUUGCAAGUGCACCUGGAGGCGAUGGGAUUUCUGCUCGAUUGCUCAAACAUUGCGCUACAUCAUUAUCUCUCCCGCUGUCCAUGAUUUUUGAGCGAUCGUUCGCCACGCACUCGUUGCCGGGAUGCUGGAAGGAGGCUCUGGUUACUCCGGUUUUCAAAAAGGGUGACAAGCACGACCCGAACAAUUACAGACCAAUUAGUCUAAUCCCUAUAAUUUCUAAAAUCUGCGAGGAAAUAAUUCAUGAAAAGAUUCUUCAUUUCGCCCUCUCUAACCGUGUUCACAUCAGACCUCCCCACUGGGCUGAAGUCGACUUGCUCCUUGUUUACCGACGACGCAAAAAUUUACGGUAA